CAGGAGCAACCGAGGGAACUCGACGAUUCCAAAGGUGGGCAUGCAUUACAGGAGCUGUCCUCGGCGCCAGAGCGGAGGAACGCUCGAGCACGGAGAAGUGACGCUUUGAAAAGCAGCACCGUGGAGAAAACUGUCCCCCGUUCGCUGAAUGAAACGCGGGAGAGCAGGUGAGCGUGCGCCUGAAGGUGCAGAAGGCUGGGGCGCAGCUCGACCCACCGUGAGCCCAGUCUUCGGGUUUCUGCAGUGUCUAAACCACGGCCGUGAACGUGAGUCCGUCGGGCUGUGUCCGCAUUUAGCAGGAGCCCCAGACCUGCUACCCGGAACAGCGGAACACAGUAACGUCAGAAACACACCGGCCUUUUCAUGGGGAGGAAAGUUAGAGGGUGUUGGAAGGGAAUCCGGACUUCCUAACAGCGCCGUGCUGUUUCCCGUCAGGUAGGUGACACCUUACUAUUUUACAGAAUUAAUGGAGAACAGAAAAGAUAUCCCAAACCAAGAAGAACUUUGGCAAAUGAAGGAUAAAAGCCUAGAAGAUGAUGACUAUUUGAGUAAGGACAUGGGAGAGACCAGCAUGCUGAAAAGACCUAUGCUUUUGCAUUUGCCACAAACCACCCAUGUUAACGAAUUUGAUUGUCCCUUGGAACUUCAGCACAAACAGCAACUCUUUCCACAAUGGCGCUUACCAAUUAAAAUAGCUGCUGUUGUGUCAUCGCUGACUUUUCUCUACACUUUCCUGAGGGAAAUAAUUCACCCUUUAGUAACUUCACAUCAACAAUAUUUUUAUAAAAUUCCAAUCCUGGUCAUCAACAAAGUCUUGCCAAUGGUUUCCAUCACCCUCUUGGCACUGGUUUAUUUGCCAGGUGUGAUAGCAGCAGUUGUACAGCUGCAUAAUGGAACCAAAUAUAAGAAAUUUCCACCUUGGCUAGAUAAGUGGAUGUUAACAAGAAAGCAGUUCGGACUUCUCAGUUUCUUUUUUGCUGUGCUGCAUGCAAUUUAUAGUCUAUCUUAUCCAAUGAGACGAUCCUACAGAUACAAGCUGUUAAACUGGGCAUUUCAACAGGUCCAACAAAAUAAAGAAGAUGCUUGGAUUGAGCAUGAUGUUUGGAGAAUGGAGAUUUAUGUGUCUCUGGGAAUUGUGGGACUUGCAUUACUGGCUCUGUUGGCUGUGACAUCAGUUCCAUCUGUGAGUGACUCCUUGACAUGGAGAGAAUUUCACUGUAUUCAGAGCAAUCUCGGAAUCGUUUCCCUCCUGCUGGGUACGAUACACGCGUUGAUUUUUGCCUGGAAUAAAUGGGUAGAUACAAAACAAUUCGUAUGGUAUACACCUCCAACUUUUAUGAUAGCUGUUUUCCUUCCAAUCAUUACCCUGAUAUGGAAAACUAUACUGUUCCUACCAUGCUUUAGGACCAAGAUACUGAGGGUUAGACGUGGUUGGGAAGAUGGCACCAAAACUAACAAAAUGGAGAUGUCCUCUUGGUUAUAGAAUUACUGUGUAUGCACAUCUUUGCUCAAUGUUGAUAUAUUCUAUCACAAACAUUUUAAAUGUGUAUUUGUUAAUAAAAUGACUACUUAUCAUCUUAAUAUACUUCUUUAUUUCAGUGUGAUGAGCUUGAAAUUUGUGUAUUUCCUUGCAAAUUUGGAGUCAAAUUGAGAAGAAAUUACUAAUCUUUAGCACAUUUUCCAUUUUUGUUAAGGCUAGACAAAACCAAACCAAUCAUAUCUGAUUUGUCAGACUGGAUGACACUAUAAAUAAUGAAAGGCCUUGAAGUACCAGUCAAGCGUAGACAUCAUAGCCAUGAAAAAAAUGUAAAUUUACAACACACAUAUAUUGUGUUCAUGAUUAUUAGUUGUCUAGUCUCCUUAAAAUUGUAUUAUAUUGUUAAAUUAGGAGUAAUUUAAUUAUGCAUAUCUAUAGGUACAGUGUGGCAAUACAUGCAUAUGAUAUAUAAUGAUCAAAUCAGAAUAGUUAGCAAUUUUAUAUCAAAUAUUUUUUAAAUUUUGAUUAACACAUCAUAACUGUACACAUUUGUACAAUACAGUGUUACGGUUUGGAUCUGAAAUGUCUCAUGUGGAGGUUCUAGACGAUUGAAUCACGGGAGUGUUAUACCACUCAGCAGGGCAAGCUACUAAGGAAUCCGUAGUUAAACACGCCGUUAGGAGGCGCGGUCUGGUCGGAAGAGGAGAAUCACGGGGGCAUGAAAGGGUCUGUCUCAGUUCCCAUCUCCUCUGUUCUCUUUCCGCGGCCUGGCAGACGUAGUAUGAGCAGCUCUCCUCCUCCAGACCCUUCCUCCGUGUCCCUCCUGACUUGGAGACAGACAACUCUGGACCAAAUCCUCUAAAAACUGUAAGCCAAAAAUCAAACUCCCCUCCUUAAGCUGUGGGUAUCAGGUAUUUCGUCUCAGCAACGAUGCAAGUGACUAAGACAUGCAGUAUGAUUAUCGUUAGAGAAUUUUUAUUCUGAAGUAACCAGGUUUUAUACACUGAACGCUUGGUUACAAAAACACAGAUUUUGUCUACAAAAAUAAAUCAACAGACUAACACCAGAUACACAUCCAACCAAACCAAACUCAGCCAGGAAUAAAAGGUAAAUUUAAUAGUUUCCACCUGAGUUAUAUACAACUCCAUUGAAGUUACUUUAACACAUGAAAAAAGCAUACCAUUAACCAAGUUCCUAAAAGAACAAUCCAUACAACUGUCAGAACUUGCUAGCCGAACUCUGUACUUAGGAGAUUUGUCAUAGUUAGCAAAAGUAAUGACAAGCCUUAUCUUUUAUAUGGGUAGGCCCUUCAUUAUUAUUUUUUAAAAAGAGCAAUAGCUAAUGGUAUAAAUUAGAAAUUGCAGUUAGUAUAUGCAUGGGGUAGAGUCCAGUUUAUCUUCUUGUCUGUUACACAGGAUGAAUAUCCAUUACUACUUGCCAAGGGUUAAGGAGGAACCUGGUCUAAAUUUGAACUGUGAACUCUUGGAGUUUAGACAUACAGAGACAUAUUUGCAGAUAAUGAAAAAAGGAGUUGAGAGCAGCACAGCUGGAAACAGCGGACAACAGUGCCUUUGAGAAAUCAUCAUAAGAGAAAAAGGGACCUAGGGCCCUAGAACUAUUAACCAGAUUCAACAAGAGGCUCUGUGAGGCCACUUGACACACCAUACCAUGAUCAACCAGCUCUGAGCGAAGCAAUAGAGUGCUUGCACUCUCACCUGCGUGGCAGAAGGCCAGCAUCUCUAGUGCUAGGAAGGAGGGGAAAAGUCCCAAAUGUCUUGGUAUCAUCACAUCAUAGAAGCUACAACUUAGAAUCAGAUUUCCAACUAGAAAUGGGUCCUCAAUGAAACUUUCAGGGACAACAGCUGAGUUUUGGCUUGGUUAUUGAAGUGCUGUCUCUGUUAGCUGUGAUAACAAGCAACAGGCCUACUCUGAGACACAAACUAUACCCCUUUGGGAAUCUCCAGUGAAAGGAGAAAGAGAUUCUACAAGGGCCUUGGAAGGAAAAUACAAAACAUCUGAAUUUGAUUUGUAUUCAGAUUGGUUAAAAACUCACUGACCCUACAGCUCUUCUAAACCUUUUUCCAGUCAUUGGAUGAUAUUGUUAUAAGUAGAAGAAAACAGUAAAAGUUAUCUUAAAAAGAAUGAAUAGUUUGGAAUAAACUUGGAUGUCCUUUUACCUUACCAACAUCUAUAAGCACCUCCUAUAUACCAGGCCAGUGGUAGACAGAAGACAUACAAAAUAGAGAGGACCAGUCUCUAGCCCCAGUCUCAUAGGGAUGAAAAUUUUUAAUAGAGCAGUGGAUUCUGAGUUCACUGGUAUCAUUAAGGAGGGAAUUGCUAGCUCUGCUCAGUAGGGUAAAGAUGGGAAGGUGUGACUUAGUCCAGGAAGAAAGAGAAACUACCUGAGUUGGCUGUUAAAGCAUAAGUAGGAGUCUUUUUUUGGUUAGAAUGGGAAGACAGGCACAAAGUGAAGUGUUAGAAAAUCUAGUUCAGACUGGCAGCUGGAGCACAGUUUGCAAAAGAAAUGCCAGAUUAGGUAAAAAGGCCAGAUAUACCAUCCAUGUCAUUGCAUACUAUCAAACUCCACUCCUUCAGGACUGGAGAAGCUACUGAAAACUUUAGACGGGCUUACCAUCAUCGGUUACAUUUUAGAAAUAUCUGUCUGUGGCCUAUCCAUGCGAUAAAUUUGAUGGUAAGA